AAAGAAAAACCCCAUGAAAACCCGUUUUUUUUCCUCAAACAAUUCAUUACAAAGUUUCCACUGAUUGGUUCUUUCUCCUUGCACAAAUUUCUUCUCUUCUUCUCUUCUUCCCUCUCCCAUUUGUUCUUCCUUCGUCUAUCAUCUCCUUCAAGCUUCCAUACCAGAACCAUGAUUUUCGUCGAUGGCGCACCCUUCACCCUCCAAUCAUCUUCGUCAAAUAAGGGCGCUGAUGUCUUGUAUGCUUUAAUGGAGUGCCCUUAUCUUGUUGAUGCGACAAAUUUGUUCAAGGGUACUCCUGAGAUAAGGUUCACAGUUUCUGAAGAGUCUGGUGUCGAGAGAUCAACUAUGAGUAAAUGGGUUUAUGUAUUUCAGAAAGAAUAUGCCACUGUAGAUCCUGCAUUAGUGGAUUUUGUUGGCACUGAUGAAGCAACAACUUGUGUGGGCAUAGCUAUUCGGAAUCGAAAAAAUGGAAUGACAUCUGUUGCACAUAUGGAUUUCCCAGACAUCAUCAAUAUUGCCCUCUCACAGAUGUUAUCCCUAGUUGUCGAUCCCACUGCUGAUGCUGAGUUAGAUGUUCAUUUAGUUGGAGGUUUUGAAGAUGUUCUACUCAAAGAAAAUAAUAAUAUUACUCGGACAGGAGAUCGUAAAAAGAUGGAGGGCUAUUCGUUACCGCUGUGUAAUAAAAUUAUAAGGAGUUUGUGGACAAGACCCGAGAAAUUUCAUCUUCAGACUCUUUGUAUUCUUCUGCAUAACACUCGGAGAGACUCUCACGGAAAUUCUUACCCUAUCUUUAAUGGAUUCGCGGUGAAAACAUCUGACGGAUCUGUGUUCCCCGCUAGCUUUGAUAGUACUUCAAGAUGCCCAGAUGAAGUUGUUCGGAGAAUUCGACUGUCUUCAUCAUGUGAAGAUCCAAGUUGGGAGGGCAGACUGUUGGAGACAUACGAAACUCAAACUGAUCAGUUCAAAAUUGAACCAUGCCGCUGGACGCCAUGGAAACAACACAUGGCCCUGUCUCUACAACGCCUUUCCGACUCUGAAAUCCUCCAGUCGUGUUCUACUUCUCCUUCUGUAGAAGGACCAGACUUCGUGGAGAAUUCUAGAAGGCAGUGGGCUUAUUUAGUGGAACACCCAGAUUGGAGGGAGACCUUCCCAAAGAAGAAGGCAAGAAUUUUUAGAAGGGCUGCUAAUGGAAAAUGGGAAAGGAGCUUUAACUGACUUCUUCUGUUCUGGUAUCUUUGUAUGAAUCCCUUAUAGUUCUGUUAUCUUUGAAUGAUCUUUACCAUUGGUGAAUGUAUUUCUAUUCCUUGAACCAUUUUAAAUAAUGAGAGAAUACAUUGUUAUCUUCACCCAAUUAAAUUUGUGUUUAUGAUUGGCUA